AUGGCGCCUUCUCCGCGACCCGGCGCCCGCCUGCGGCCGCCCGGGAUGCUGCGCCGCGCGCUCCCGGCCCUGCUGCUGCUGCUGCUGCUGCUCGGCGCCGUUCCAGGAGUGUGGUGCUUUAACGAACUGUUUUUUAUAAAAGAGCCACAGGAUGUAACUGUCACAAGAAAGGACCCGGCUGUUUUAGAUUGCCAGGCCCAUGGAGAUGUUCCUAUUAAGGUCACAUGGUUGAAAAAUGGAGCAAAACUGUCUGAAAGUAAAUGGAUCCAGGUCCUGUCUAAUGGCUCCUUAUACAUCAGUGAGGUGGAAGGCAAGCGAGGAGAGCAGUCUGAUGAAGGAUUUUAUCAGUGUUUGGCAGUGAACAAAUACGGAGCCAUUCUUAGUCAGAAAGCUCAUCUUACCUUAUCAACUAUUUCUGCAUUUGAAGUUCAGCCCGUUUCCACUGAGGUUCAUGAAGGUGGAGUUGCUAGAUUUGCAUGCAGCAUUUCAUCAAACCCUCCUGCAGUCAUAACAUGGGAAUUAAAUCGGACAACUCUACCUUUAGCUAUGGACAGAGUAACUGCCCUACCAACAGGGGUAUUGCAGAUCUAUGAUGUUGGCCAGAAGGAUGCUGGGAAUUACCGCUGCGUCGCUGCUACUGUCGCCCAUAGGCGUAAAAGUAUGGAGGCCUCACUAACAGUGAUUCCAGCCGAGGCAUCUAACCCCUUCCACACACCGGCCAUCCUAGCAGGUCCCCAGAACAUAACUGCCUCUCUUCACCAGACUGUGGUUUUGGAAUGUGUGGCCACAGGAAAUCCCAAACCAAUCAUUUCUUGGAGCCGUCUUGAUCACAAGUCCAUUGAUGUCUUUAAUACUCGGGUGCUUGGAAAUGGUAACCUCAUGAUAUCUGACGUCAGGCUGCAACAUGCUGGAGUGUAUGUUUGUCGGGCCACAACCCCAGGCACACGGAACUUCACUGUUGCUAUGGCAACUUUAACUGUAUUAGCUCCUCCUUCAUUUGUUGAGUGGCCAGAAAGUUUAACAAGGCCUCGAGCUGGCACUGCUCGAUUUGUAUGUCAAGCAGAAGGCAUCCCCUCACCCAAAAUGUCCUGGCUGAAAAAUGGAAGGAAGAUCCAUUCAAAUGGGAGAAUUAAAAUGUAUAACAGUAAAUUGGUAAUUAACCAGAUUAUUCCUGAAGAUGAUGCUAUUUACCAGUGCAUGGCUGAGAACAGCCAAGGAUCUGUUUUAUCUCGAGCUCGACUGACUGUGGUGAUGUCAGAAGACAGACCCAGUGCUCCUUCUAACGUGCACGCGGAAACCAUGUCAAGUUCAGCCAUCCUUUUAGCUUGGGAAAGGCCACUUUAUAACUCAGACAAAGUCAUUGCUUAUUCUGUGCACUACAUGAAAGCAGAAGGUUUAAAUAAUGAAGAGUACCAAGUAGUCAUCGGAAAUGACACAACUCAUUAUAUUAUUGAUGACUUAGAACCUGCCAGCAAUUAUACUUUCUACAUUGUGGCUUAUAUGCCAAUGGGGGCCAGCCAGAUGUCUGACCAUGUGACCCAGAAUACUCUAGAGGACGUGCCCCUGAGACCUCCUGAGAUUAGUUUGACAAGUCGAAGUCCCACGGACAUCCUCAUCUCCUGGCUGCCCAUCCCAGCCAAGUAUCGACGGGGCCAGGUGGUACUCUACCGCCUGUCCUUCCGCCUGAGUUCCGAGAGCUCCGUCCAAGUUCUAGAGCUCCCGGGAACCACGCAUGAGUACCUCCUGGAGGGCCUGAAGCCUGACAGCAUCUACCUGGUCCGCAUUACUGCUGCCACCAGGGUGGGGCUGGGAGAGGCCUCAGUGUGGACGUCACACAGGACACCCAAAGCUACAAGUGUGAGAGCCCCAAAGUCUCCAGAGUUAUAUUUGGAGCCUCUGAACUGUACGACCAUCUCAGUGAAGUGGUACCAAGAUGCUGAGGACACAGCGACCAUCCAGGGCUACAAGCUCUUCUAUAAGGAAGAAGGGCAGCAGGAGCACGGCCCCAUCUUCUUGGAUGCCAGUGACCUUCUCUACACUCUGAAUGGCUUAGACCCCAGAAGAAAGUAUCACGUGAGGCUGCUAGCUUACAGCCGCAUAGAAGAUGGCUACCAGGCUGAUCAGACAGUCAGCACUCCAGGAUGUGUGUCCGUUCGCGAUCGCAUGGUUCCUCCUCCCCCGCCACCCCAUCACCUCUAUGCGAAGGCUAAUAGCUCAUCCUCCAUCUUCCUGCACUGGAGGAGGCCUGCGUUCACCACUGCACAAAUAAUUAACUACACCAUCCGCUGUAACCCUGUCGGCCUGCAGAAUGCUUCUCUGGUUCUGUACCUUCAAACAUCGGAAACUCAGAUGUUGGUUGAAGGUCUGGAACCAAACACGAAAUACGAGUUUGCUGUUCGACUGCACGUGGGUCGGCUCUCCAGUCCCUGGAGCCCGGUAGUCUACCACUCCACGCUUCCAGAAGCACCAGCAGGUCCACCAGUGGGAGUAAAAGUGACAUUGAUAGAGGAUGACACCGCCCUGGUUUCUUGGAAACCCCCUGACGGCCCAGAAACAGUUGUGACACGCUAUACUAUCUUGUAUGCAUCCAGGAAGGCCUGGAUUGCAGGAGAGUGGCAGGUCCUACACCGAGAAGGGGCAAUAACUAUGGCUUUGCUGGAAAACCUGGUGGCAGGAAACGUGUAUAUUGUCAAGAUAUCUGCAUCCAAUGAGGUGGGAGAAGGACCCUUUUCAAAUUCUGUGGAGCUAGCUGUUCUUCCGAAGGAGACUUCUGAAUCAAAUCAGAGGCCCAAGCGUUUAGAUUCCGCUGAAGCCAAAGCAUAUUCAGGCUAUUACCAUCUGGACCAAAACUCAAUGACCGGCAUCGCUGUAGGUGUUGGCAUAGCCUUGACCUGCAUCCUCGUCUGUGUUCUCAUCUUGAUAUACCGAAGUAAAGCCAGGAAAUCAUCUGCUUCUAAGACAGCACAGAAUGGAAGUCAGCAGUUAUCUCGCCCCGGUGCCUCCUUAGCCAGUGGAAGUGAAGUGGGGAAGAGCCUGGAAGGAGCUGUAGAAAAUGAAGAAUCCUUAACACCAAUGAUGAUGCCCAGCAGCUUCAUUGACGCAAAGGGAGGAACUGAUCUGAUAAUUAAUAGCUAUGGCCCUAUAAUUAAAAACAACUCUAAGAAAAAAUGGCUUUUUUUCCAAGACUCUAAGAAGAUAAAAGUUGAGCAGGCUCAAAGAAGAUUUUCUCCAGCGGUCUGCUUUUACCAGCCAGGCACUACUGUGUUAAUCAGUGACAAAGACUCUCCCCACUCCCCCAGUCAGACAGCCAGCUUCCCGAGGCCCUUCGGUGCUGCUGCUGAUGCUGAGCACUCAGCAAAUAGUGAAGGCAGCCACGAGACUGGGGAUUCUGGAAGGUUUUCCCACGAGUCCAGUGAUGAGAUACACCUGUCCUCAGUCAUCAGUACCACACCCCCGACCUCUUCCUGCUUCACGGGCAGCGAUUCAGGUGGGAAUCACGCCGUGAGCAAAUGUGAAGACCCUGCAGGGCCGCCGGUUGCUGAGCAGACUUCCUCUCCGGUUCCAGUUCCACGGCCACCGUCUGCUAUGCUGUGAUUUGAUAAAAAUGAUUUUCCAAUCUAGACAGCCACGUUCAGGUAUCGUCACCUGUAAGUCUGUUCGAAGGACAAUGAACAGGGAGCCAAAGCCUUUUGUGAAAAUCUUGAUGUCUUACUGGGUAUUUCAGCCUUUUUUGAAUGUGUGUGUGUGUUUUUUUUUUUUAACUCAUAUAUUUUGAAUGUGUUAUUGUCAGCAAUGUGAACAGACAGGAUCUUUGACUGGAUUAUAAAAUAGAUCACUGGAGCAAAGGGAAGACUUUGAAAGCCCCUUUGCUGACUAUCUACCUCAGUUUGCCAGAUGGCAAACCCUGAAGACAGCUUUGUUACCUCGUUUGUUGUUUUAGUGUCUCAGCUACAUAACCAACGAUACUUCCUACUAGCAUUUUGUUUUCAUUGCUGUAUGUGUAAUAUGUAAUGUGUUUGAUCAAAGGAGUCACAUAGGUAGAUGAGUAAGAAUGUUUAUCUGAAGCUCUGAUUUAAAAAAAAAAAAAAACAAAA